AUGGAUCGCCCGCGCAGCUACAUGUAUCCCCACGGCUGGGCUGGCUUGGGGUUCGGUUUCCCGGCCGCCAUGGGAGCCAAGGUUGGCCGGCCGGAGUGCCCCGUCAUCUGUGUAACCGGCGACGGCGGGUUCCAGUACAACGCCCAGGAACUCGGCACCGCCGUGCAAUAUGGCAUCAAUCCCAUCGUUAUGGUUUUCAACGACAGCGCCUGGGGAGUGCUUAAGGGCUUCCAGCAGGACCGCGGCGGGCGUCAGAUGGCUACCAAUCUGGUGAACCCUGAUUUCGUCAAGCUGUUCGAUUCCUACGGCAUCGGCGGCACCCGGGUCCACAACGUCGCUGAAAUGUCCCGCGCCGUCCAGGAUGCCGUUGUUGCCGACCGCAUCCAUCUCAUCGAAGUCGUGAUGCCCGACGGUUUUCCUGCCUUCUGCAGAAACUGA